AGAUUAGCGGAUUUUUGAGUUCUUCGUUACCUGUUCAUUAGGGCUUCGUGGUUUUCUGUUUAGAUCGUCUCUAACGUCCACUGUUUUAUUAUGGAUGAUACUGAUCCUUAUUUUUGUAUGCAAGAUGAAGUUUUCAAAAACUUGCAGCUUGUCAAAACUCUUUAUGAAGAUUGGAGAGGCCGAUCAAACCCUGAUGAUCAGGAAUUACUGACUAAAAUCCGACAAACAAUCAAGAAUAUAGAAUGGGAUUUGAUGGAUCUCCAGGAAACUAUUGGAGCAGUUGAAAAUAACCCUAUAAAAUUUCAUCUAUCCGAUAAAGAUAUAUCAGCAAGACGUCAAUUUUUAACAGAAGCAAAAAAUGUAGUGAAGAAUGCGAAAAAUUGUUUAAACUCAUCGGAUAAUGGCAGUAAAAGAAACGAUCCGCCUAUUGAUUUCACAAUUCAUAUCGCGCCGCGUCCAUCAUCAUCACCACCCUCGUCAGUAUUAUGUAAUGGAGAUUUGAAAGUGAAUAAUCAAACAACAAAUAAAACACAAUCUAGUAUAAGAAGAAAUUCUCAUAUAAAGAAGUCAUCACCAUCAUCAAACAUGUAUUCUAUACCCUAUGAUCCAUUAACAGAACAAAAACAAUUAUUAUAUGAACAAGACAAUCGAUUAAAUCAAUUAGGUACAACUAUAUCAAAUUUAAAAGGAAUGUCACAACGUAUUGGUGAUGAAUUAGGUGAUCAAGUUAUUUUAUUAGAUGAUUUCAAUAAUGAAAUGAUUAGUACAGAGUCAAGACUUGAUUCAAUAACUAAACGAACAUCACGUUUAUUACAUUUAAAUACUGAUCGUCGUCAAUGGUGUGCUAUUUUCUCUUUAUUAAUUACACUUCUUGUUAUAUUGAUUUUAUUUGGUAUCCUAUAAUUGUUCUCAUAAAUAAAUAGGAUAUAUAUAUAUAUAUGUAUAUAUCCAAGUGUUUUUGUAUUAUACUGUCUUGUUCUCACCUAUAUACGUCUCUUUUUCCAAGUGAUUAUUUUAUCAAUUGUUUUCUUAUGACUUGAUCUAUUUGUUUAUUUUUGUCCAAACCAAACUGUAUUGUUCUCACUAUAUGAUGAUAAUAAUAAGGUUUAUCAUCUUUACUUUUAUUGUUAAAUGAUUUAGUUACUAAUUCAACAUUAUCUGUGAUGUUAAUUUAAUUAAGAAGUAUUCAAAGAUUUUUAUUAUUAAAGAGUUAGUUAUUGUUGUUGUUAUUGUUGUUGUUGUUGUUGUUGUUGUUCUUCUUCUUCUUGUUGAUACUUUUACAUUCAAACUUGAAUCAUUUCAAAUGCUGAUACUUCGUAUGACCUGUAUUUGAAAGUGAUAUUAAUCCCAGUCUUUAACAAUUAUCAUUUGAACUUUUUAAUUUUCAUAUUUAAAAAAAAUGUUCUUAACAAGUAUAUAUGUAUGAUCAGAUUGCACAAAUAUAUAACAUAAUUCUGAU